CCAGGUGCGCAUGCGCAUUAGGCACAAUUCCGGAUGUUUGGUGUAGUAUCAGCUGUUUUGUUUUAUUAUAUAUAUUUUUUACGCUUUCUGUUUUUUUUUAGAUUAACUAUUUGUAUUUGUAUUUGGUUUAAACACAGCGUACAUUCAGUUAAAACGUUAUUUUAUUUAUUAGGGCGUUAAAUCAGGGGUACUUUUUAAAUUUGAUAUCCUCAGACUUGGAUAAGAGAGAUCUGGAGUCAGUUUAUGAACACCAGGAUAAAGUAAAUCUGAUAUUUCUGAUAUUCUCACUCACCACAUCUGAUUAUUCCUUUGUAUUCAUGGGAAAGUUUGGAGUUUGAAGGCUUUUCUUGUUUAUGAAGUGACCCAGAACACACAGUUCAGGAUCUGAAACUGAAUUGCAGUGUGGCUUCAUAGUAAAUACUUCAUAACAAUAUACUUUUAAAUGUGUACAUUAUUAAGUCCACUUUCUGGAGCCAUUCCUUGAAUUUAUACUUUUUUUUUUCCAUAAUUGGGUUGCACACGUUGCAAGACUAAACACAUUAAAUACUUUAACCAAAGGCUAGGUGUGAAAACCUCACAUGUGAGAAAAUGUUCCUGUUAGUAAUAAACUAAAGAACACUGGAAGAACACUCGAACCUGAUAUCUGGCUUUGUGUAAUCACGUAAAACGGUGUAGAGCCCAUUAAAAAAAACACACACACACAAUAAUAAUGACCACUAAGUCUGUCUCAGUCACCAACUUACCAUACUGGGAAAGUGGCAAAAGGAGAAUUCGAUUUUUAUAUCUAGUCGGUGACAAUUCCUUCCAAGUGACCAAACCGAGUACAAAUGAGGAGCCAGUGAUCCCUCUCUUUCUUGGAGCUGAUCUCUUUUUGAACACAGAGGUCCGUACUGAGAACCAUCCCAGAUACCAUGCCAAGUUUGCAAAACGAGGACUAGCAACCAAACUGAUCUUCUCCUCAGACUUCAGGUUCCAAGGCUUACGAGUUCCUUGUUCCAGUAACAGUUUGUGGUUCUACUGUGUUCAUGGGGUUUUUCGAGUGGCCUUUGAGCUUUACAGUAAACAAGAGCAGCUGUCAAUCUUGGAGUCAUUUCAGGAUCUGUGGAAAUCUCGGAUCGAUGAUGAUCAACUAAACUCGGUGUACAACAUCGGAAUCCAGUUAGACAUGAAACCACCAAAAACCAGUGAUCAGGAGAUACCAAUGGGAUUUAAUAAUUUAUCUAGUGAUAUUUCUGUAUCUACUGGGGACAAUUUAAACUCUCAGGACACAGUAGAAGACGUAGAGGAAGUGACCUUAGUGUCAACAUCUGGUCAAGGAGCUAAUUCCUCUUCUGCAGACCAUGAUUACUGCUCCCCAGCUGAACCAGUGGAGACUAAACACUUUAGUGUACUCACAGAGAGACUUUAUAGCAUAGGAAACAAGGUGAAAUGCACGUCAGCUGUGGACAAGAACCAAGAAGAGACCAUUGUGAAACUUCUGGAUUACGUUGAAUAUUGGCUUGAUGGACAGGUAGAUGAGGAAAAACUGGCAGAAGCUGUGAUGGUCUUGCUUCAAACUCAUUUUCAUGGCUACUCCAUCUAUUCCAGUCCUUUACUACAGGCUGUGGCUAGCUGGCUGGGUCGACAGUUCCAUGAAGCCAACAGCAGUGUGAGUCAGCAGGUGGAAGGAUUUAAGAUGAGAAAUAUUGAACACAUUAAAGACUUGCCUCCUGCGGAAGAUCUAGCAACCGAGCUCUUCCCUGAGGCCAUGAGGAACCUGCUGAUACACUGGAUGGGCCUCAGUGAAGAAGCGGCAACAUGGAAAAGGCUCAGUGAAUAUCCCAUUGUUUUGCUUAUACUGGAGUUUGCCAACCAUAACCUCAUCACAGGAGUGGCUCAUGUCUUGUAUUCCAGUCUUAUAUGCAGGUAGCGAGACAUAAGUGUAGUGUUGUUAUAUUCUUGGAUGUGUUUGGUAUCUAACAAGUCUGAGCUGUUUAGAAUUCCUGCUUCACUUUACAGACACUUGGCCUAAUAAUUAACUUUUAAACACAAAUUCCAAGUCAUGUGAAGCUAACAGUGUCAUCUUGAAGCUGAGAUGGUCUUUCUUCAAACUCUUUUUCAUGUCUACCCCAUGAAUUCCAGGCCCUUGCUACAGGCUCUGUAUAGGCAAGCUGUCCUGGGUUGAGAUGUGCAUGAAGCCAAAAGCAGCACAAGUCACCAGGUGGAAAGAUUUUAAGACAUGAACACAUUAAGGACCUGUGGAGGAUAUGGAGACUGUAAAACAUUAUAGAAGAGUGUUAACAGCUCUGUUCUGUUUACAUAGGCUCACAGGACAUUUGUGAUUUGCUAGUUUGCUGUAGCAGAAAGUGUGAAGAGGAAUGCCAUCUUUCCCACGCAGAGACCAGGGCCAGUGAUGUUUUCUUCAACGUCUGGGCAUUGGUGACUGUUGACUUGUGAUCUCUCUCUUGCUUAUAGUUGUGCAAUCAGGAGAUAAUCACCUAGUGAUGCAUUUUCUUACAUUUUAUGGCCAAAGGUUUGUGGACACUCGAUCAUCACAUCCAUAUGUGGCUCUUCGCCAAACUGUUGCCACAAAGUUGGAAGCAGACAGUUGUACAGAAUGUCUUUGUAUGCUGUAGCAUUACAGUUUCUCUUCACUGGAACUAAGAGGUUCAAACCUGUUCCAGCAUGACAAUGCCCCUGUGCACAAAUCAAGCUCCAUCCAUAAAGAAACGGUUUGCCAAGUUUGGAGUGGAAGAUCCCGAGUGUCCUGCACAGAACCCUGACCUCAACCCCACUGAACACCUGGAACACCGACUGCACCCCAGACCUCCUCACCAACAUCAUUGCCUGACCUCACUAAUGCUCUUGUAGCUGAAUGAACACAAAUCCACCCAGCUACGCUCCAAAAUCUAGUGGAAAGCCUUCUCAGAAGAGUGGAGCUUAUUAUAACAGCGAACACAGGGGGAAUAAAUCUGUAAUGGGAUGUUCAAAAAGUACAUAUAGGUGUGAUGGUCAGGUGUCCAGAAACUUUUGGCCAUAUAGUGUACAAUUCUCAAAUUCACUGUUUUAGUUUAAAAAGGUUUAAUUUUAGCUAAAUAACUGGCCCACAUGUAAGCUAUCAAACUGUGCUCAUGAUUGAGUCAACCCCAAAACGUUUUUACAGCAUGAACCACAAAUGCUGAUUAAGUCUAACAGAUUAGUGAUUAUAAGAUUUUCUGCUUUACCGUAUCACACUGCGAUAUGAUUUUUAUGUGUUCAUGCCUCUGACUAAACAUGCCUUUGAUCUGUGCUCCUACAGUUUGAUAAAGAAAUCGAGUGGUGAUAAAACAAAA